AUUUGCACGUCAGAACGCAGAGCGCUAUAUCAAGCAGAGGGACGUCGCUCGCGAGUAGCUUUGCAAAAAACUAGCUAGUUCAGUGUGGACAGGUUAGAAAUCAGGGGAGCUCGAUAUGACUCCCGUAAAUUACAGGUAUUAAUAACGCGUUAAAUAUACGGUAAUCAUUUAUUGUAAAAGGACUCAGAUGAACAGCGAAGACGGCGUUGCUUCCACCCUCAAGGGCUCCUAGCAAGGGGAUUGGAGACCUCUUCGAGUUUCCGCAGCAGCAGUGUAGUGGGUGUGGCCCUGAACUGUGAGGUGGUCAGAUUGUGGCCUGCAGACGAGCAGGGGGGUUGUGCUUCGCCACACCAGCCACUCUGGACUGGAGGGAGGAGCUAAAUGCCUGAGAGAUGUGAAUCUAUGAGUUACUGCAGCGCUACCGCCGCCUCUCACAGGGAACCUAGGAAACCACCCCCACCCAACCUGAUGCAGUCAGCCUGGAGGGCUGUAGCUAUGCACCUGAAGCCGUACCCCAAACAGCAGAACGAAGAGCUCCACCUGGAGUCCAGUCAGGGCAGCCAGAGAGGCCAUCACCGCGUGAGCCAGCCGGGGCCCCUGUCACUGAGGACAGAAUGGGGGCUCCACCCGGCGGUGGACUCGUCUAGCAGCGGUCUGGGCCCGGGUUCGGCCCGCUCCCCCCUCAGUGUCAUCUCCCCCAACACCCUGCAGCGCAGCGGCUCCAACCACAGCGACGCCUCGCGGCUGAGCGGGUCGGAGGGAAAUGUGUUCCACAGCAGUACGACCUGGGCCCGGAGGAAAACCUCGGAGACCUCCUACACCACCACCUCAUCCCUGCUGCUGCACUCAAGCACCUCCUCCACAAGCUCUGAGAACCAGGAGGCCUCCCUCGGCAUCUCCUACCAGGGCGAGGAUGGAGAGGGCCCGCUGGACAUCUGGGCUGUUAUCAAGCCCGGCAACACCAAGGAGAAGAUCGCCAUCUUUGCCUCGCCCCAGUGCCGGGGCAGCAGAGAGCCGCUCGGGGAGGCGGAAGAUGAGGAUUUGAACGACAGCCUGUCGAAGAGCGUGUCUGUGAAGAUGAAGAGCUGCUGGGAGGACGAGGGCGGCUCUGUGGCCAAGCGCAGGAGGAAGUCUGGUCACCAGGGCCGCUACCACCAAGACAGACCGUCACCCAGAGCCCUGGAGCCCCACAGCCCACCGAGUCCCACUGGCCACAGCCCAGCACAGGUGACCCCCAGGGUGACUGAGUCUGGAAAGGUGGAUGGGGGGGUGGAGCAGGUGUCCAGGGUAGGGGACGAGGAGGUGGGGGAGACCGGGACGGGCAAGGCUCUCUCUGUGGUGGAGCUGGUGGCCUUCCUGGAGCAGAGGGCCAGCGACAAGCCCGUAGACUCAAAGCCGGCAUCUCUGCGGAGCUCCACUAGUAUUACCUUAUCCAGUGAGCUGUCAAUCACCCUGGAGCUGCAGCACCCGAGCCCCCAGGACCCGGCAGACUGUGUCAAGGUGUCUGACAUGGUGGCCAAGCUGGAGUCUGAGUGCCUGAAGCGGCAGAGCGUUACCCGGGACGGGUCAGGCUCCGACGGGGAGCUCUCCAGGAAUAACAGCCUCUCGCGCAACAACAGCCUGCGGAGGAGGGUGGGCCGGGUGCUUCUGGCGGGGGCGGACGCUUGUUCCAUCUCGGCCCAGCCCCUGGCUCCGCCCUCUGCCGCCGGGUCUCAGCGUGGACUGGGGUCGCAGCCCCGUCCUGCCGCCGGCAUCCACACAGACAAACAAGCUCCAGGCGGCUGCCCUGAAACCGCAUGCUGGACCUCCCGCUCCUCCGACCCGGCCACGUCUCACAGCGUGGACCCUGGGUGUGGAGCCUCGGUCGGAGAGCCAGAGGAGAGCUGUGAGGCGCAAGGCCAGCAGGAGGGAAGCCGGCCUGCGGAGGUUGGGCGGGGCCGGCGCUUUCAGCUCCAGUGUCAGCCGGAGCAGGCCGACAGCUCAGAGAGCAGCGGCGGGCUGGAAUGUAAGGAGCCCCUCCCAGGCAUGCUGUUCUUCUCACGCCCUCCGCCCACACAAACGGAGCUGGAACAACAGCUCCACACACACCCACACACAGACAGCGUUCACACCCGCACACCUCCGGACACACAGCCCAGCCCUCAACCCUGCCACCCCGGUACCACCACCCUCCCCGCUGGACCAAGACGGGAGAACCGGGCCGGGGAGGAGAAGGCGUCGAGCGAGGGAGACGGGAGUGCCGUUUGCCGGCGCGAGGCGGCAACUUUCCCCCUGCGCCGCCUGGUGUCUCACGAGUUCCUGGAGGUGCGCUUUAAGAUCCAGCAACUCCUGGAACCUCAGCAGUACAUGGCCUUCCUGCCGCACCACCUCAUGGUGAAGAUCUUCUGCCUGCUGCCCACCAAGAGUCUGGCUGCGCUCAAGUGCACCAGCCACUACUUCAAGUUCCUCAUCGAGAGCUACGGCGUGCGCCCCGCUGACUCCCGCUGGGUGUGCGACCCCCGCUACAAAGACGAUCCCUGCAAGCAGUGUAAGAGGCGGUACGGGCGUGGGGAUGUGUCCCUCUGCCGCUGGCACCACAAACCCUACUGCCAGGCCCUGCCGUACGGCCCCGGGUACUGGAUGUGUUGCCACGGCUCCCACAGAGACACGCCCGGCUGCAACGUGGGCCUCCAUGACAACCGCUGGGUGCCCGCCUUCCACAGUAUCAACAUGCCAAUCUAUAAGAAACCCAGGGAUGUCACUGAGGAGUAGGCCCACAUGAUGGGAGAUCUCCCUUGACUUCUGUGCGGUUUAUUCUGCCUACUGGGCUGUGUGCUGCCACGUGUGUGCCUCUGUUGCCAUAAUGCGCAUGUGUGUUCAUUUGGAGUGGGGGUGGGGGGGGGGUGCGGGUUUGAGUGCAACCGUGUUGCUGAUACUGAUGGGGAAUCGCUGGAUCUCUUACCUUCUCGUGAACCCGCCCCCUUAACCUCUGACCCCUCCUCAGGUCCUCUGAGACUGUCAGCACUUUAACCCUGUUCAGAAACCAUCGUGUCUGGGUUUUGUCUGGUUAUUGCAUCUACUUGCUUCAGUGUUUUGGGUAAAGCAUUAAAUCUGGGGCUGAGCAGAGUGUAUUAAAGAGAAGCGCUUGAGUUAAUCUGCCCUCCUUGCCUCAGCCAUUUUGUCUGCCUCUUGACCCAUACAUUGGGCUGUGUAUGUAGGCCAGGUAAGCCUGUGAACUUUAUGCAGUAAACCCCACCCACAAUGUGAUUCACUCUUUGUUGUCGUCUGAGUGGUUACAUACCUGACUGGAGGUCCCCGGUUUAUGCAAAACAUGAAUUGUCCCCAUCCUGGGUUCAUAUCCCCACUCUGUCCGAACUGGUACGCUGGGUGCUUCCCUAGCAGUACACUGUAAGGGCAUGGGGUGUCAUUUGGGACCCUGCGUCUAUAUCCCCACACACUGUAACCUAUCCAUGAGUCUCUGAACCUUUAUCCCCUCUCUCUGCAUCACUAGUCUCUGAACCUUUAUCCCCUCUCUCUGCAUCACCAGUCUCUGAACCUUUAUCCCCUCUCUCUGCAUCACCAGUCUCUGAACCUUUAUCCCCUCUCUCUGCAUCACCAGUCUCUGAACCUUUAUCCCCUCUCUCUGCAUCACCAGUCUCUGAACCUUUAUCCCCUCUCUCUGCAUCACCAGUCUCUGAACCUUUAUCCUCUCUCUCUGCAUCACCAGUCUCUGAGCCUUUAUCCCCUCUCUCUGCAUCACCAGUCUCUGAGCCUUUAUCCCCUCUCUCUGCAUCACUAGUCUCUGAGCCUUUAUCCCCUCUCUCUGCAUCACCAGUCUCUGAGCCUUUAUCCUCUCACUGUAUCAUCAUCUUUGUGUUUGUAUCUGGUUUGAUUGGAACUAGUUUAUAAGCCCAGUUGUUUACAUUGUACAUAGCGCUACAGAGUCCUAUAUCAGAAACAGGGUGAAGAUUGACAAGCAGCACGAGUAUCUAUGACUUGAAUGCAAAUCCUUCAGUUUGGUAAAAAGAAAAACACCUUUUUACAGUGUCAUGUAUAUAUUUCUAAAUUAUUGGGUGUUUGUUUUACAUUGGGUCCCAGAUGUAUAACCCAGUCUGUAAUCCAAUGCUUGUUACCCUCUUGCAGUGCUUCAUUCUCUACCAUUAUUAAUGUGCUUCCCAAAUAGCAUUAUUCCUUAUAUGGUGGAGCACUUUGGACAAAGGCCUGCAUGGCUUUGGUCAACCGCUGUUCACUAUACAAGGAACUGUGUUGUUUGGGACACAUGUUCCUUAUUAAUAUCCCUCAGAUGAUUCUUCAUUUCUUGAAGGGAAAACAACAUUUAUGGAAAAAAGAAAUCACCUGAGUGUUUUUUUUGUUCUUUACAAUGAAAUCAACAUGAUCUAGAGGAGAGGAAAAAAAUGGAUCACCAUUGGGAAAAGAAUGAUCUCAAAGCAUAAUUAGCCCCCAGAUAUUUUUAAAAAUGGUUUGUUGUAUAUUCCUGCUGUAUUUUGUCUGUAAAGGCAUUUUACUUCAAUAAAGUGCAUUCAUUCUGAG